AUGUACCGCAAACCUGUCAUAGCCAUCGCGGGCCUAGCCUGUGAGACUUCGACGUUCAGUCCCGCCAGGACGCAAGCUUCGUUCUUUCAUCCACAGCGAGGAGAUGAGAUAUUCGAUUAUCGUGCAAAUCCGUUUCUUAGAGCUGGCCAGCCCCUGAGGGAAGCGGCGGAAUGGAAGCCUGCUCUGACGGGUCAUGCUCUGCCAGGAGGGAUCGUCACUCGGAAAGGGUACGAGGAACUCGCCGAAGAGAUCGUGACCCGACUCAAGGACAUGGGACCGCUCGAUGGAUUAUGGUUUGAUAUUCACGGAGCGAUGGUCGUGGAAGAGCUGGAGGAUGCUGAGUAUGACCUCUUACGGCGUAUCCGGCAAGUGGUCGGGUCAAAGACAAUCAUCAGUGCUAGUAUGGAUCUCCACGGUAACGUCAGUCAAGAUCUUGUUCAUCAAUUGGAUCUUAUCACGUGUUAUCGGAUGGCCCCUCAUGAAGAUACCAUUGAAACCCGAGAACGAGCUGUCAAAAACCUGGUCGAUCAGCUAGUGGAAGAUCGACCAUUGCCGUAUAAAGCUUGGCUACCUAUUCCUAUUUUGUUGCCUGGAGAACAGACCAGCACGCGGAUGGAACCUGCCAAGAGAAUCUAUGCUGCCGUUUCCGAUGUAGAGGCAAGGGAGAACAUCCUCGAUGCUGCCAUUUGGGUCGGAUACGCCUGGGCAGAUGAAGUACGGAAUCAAGCCGUCGUGGUCGUCACCGGAUGGAACGAGAAUGAUUGUGUACGUGGAGCUGAAGAUCUAGCCAGGCCAUUCUGGGCCGCAAGGGAAGAAUUUGAAUUCGUGGCUCCUACUGGAUCAUUGGACGAAUGUCUGGACGCGGCAUUGGAGACGAGAGGGCCUUACAUGAUCUCCGAUUCUGGAGAUAAUCCUACCGCUGGAGGAGCUGGAGAUGUCACUUGGGGUUUGACGAAGAUUCUCAGUCGACCAGAAUUCAAAGAUGAAUCUGGACCUUCCCUCAUCUAUGCUUUUGUCCCUGGUCCCGAGGCGGUUGAGACGGCAGUCAAAGCUGGAGUUGGGGCCACCGUCACUGUCACUGCGGGAGCGGUCAUUGACAAUCUACAUGCGCCUCCAGUGACUUUCACUGGCAAAGUCCACAGCAUCAAACAUGGAGAUCGACAUGCAGAGAUCGAGGUCGUCUUCCAGGUUGGAUCAGUCUACGCUAUCAUCACCAAGCUCAGGAAACCGUACCAUAAGGAACAUGACUUUACCGAGCUCAAUCUCGAACCUCGCAAAGCAGGGAUCGUCGUGGUCAAAAUCGGAUACCUUGAGCCUGAAUUGUACGCGAUCGCUCAAAGUGGGACGGGAUGGAUGCUGGCCUUGACACCUGGUGGUGUGGAUCAGGAUCUCCCGCGAUUGGGACACAAAAAGAUCAUUCGACCCAUGUGGCCUUACGACAAGGUGUUUGAUGAUGACCCGGAUCUCACUGCAAAAUUGAUACCAAUGUCGAAUCGUCCACUAUCAUAG